AUAAACAGAAUCAGAUGUCGUUGACUCGAAAAGGUUGACCACCCCUAUCUAAUUCAAUUAAACCAGGCAACGUAAGAAUUAAAUAACAUUACAGAAAUCAAACUACGGAACUAUCGGACUUCCCUCUUUGAAAUCCCUUCAUUUCUACGCGAUUCUUUAUUGUCUAAUUAAUAAGUGUUAAUAAUAUAGUGCUGUUAACGCCUAAUCGUCUUUAAAGUGCAAAAAUGUCUUAUUGAAAAUCAUUGCUAUAAGAUUUUUGAAAGGAGUAUUAUUUUAUUGAAUUAUGGCUUUGUACUCCUAUCUAUUUGGACUUUUAGUAGCUUGUGUAUCAUAUAUAGUGUAUCAAAAAUAUGUGAAUGUGUAUACAAGUAUAAUUAUCAAACCCCAGAAGAGAUAUGAUUAUAUUAUUGUCGGAGCUGGCACAGCGGGUUGCGUGCUCGCCUCCCGUCUCAGCGAGGACCCAAACACCAAGGUGCUGCUGGUGGAAGCCGGCGACCACAUGGGUUACUUCACCAAGAUCCCACUGACUCCCACAGCCGCACAGCAAGGACCUGACGACUGGUCUGUGAGGACUAAGCCGCAGAAGUAUUCGUCUUUCGGACUUUGGGGGCAGUCCCAAUUUAUUCCACGUGGUAAAGGCCUCGGCGGUUCAGGUCAGAUCAACUUCUUACUCCACGGCACUGGUCUUCCCGGGGACUAUGGCAGAUGGGCACAACUCGGCUUCAAAGGAUGGACCUUUAAAGAUUUGAAACCGUAUUUCAUCAAGGCUUUUGGAACUGUGAGGAGUGAAUUUGAUUCUGGACAUUGUGCGAUAGACGGAGACUGUCCUGCGGCUAAGGUGCCGAUGAAAUUGAAACAAAUAGACGAUGACAACGAGCUGAUGAAUACCUUCAGACUGGCUUCCAUGCACUCGACGAAGAACAUCUUCAGAAGACCAACAGCGACUAUCAAAGAUGGCGCUCGACAUUCCACACUGAACGCUUAUUUAAAGCCAGCUUUGGGAAGAAAGAACCUUCACGUAUUGUUGAGAACACAGGCGGUCUCGAUUCGCUUCAUCAACAUGACAGCAUCAUCACUAUACAUUCUCCAAAACCACCGCGAGCUGGACAAUAUAUUCGUGAACAAGGAGAUCAUCGUGGCAGCCGGCGCUAUAAAGUCUCCGCAGCUGUUGAUGUUGUCUGGUAUCGGACCACCUGAAUUGUUGCGAAGGUUAAAAAUAAAGUUGGUACUUCCGAACAAGGAGGUGGGCAGGAACUUCCACGACCACAUGAACAUGCCGCUGUACGUCAGCAUACAGAGGCCGAUCAGUGUCACUCUGUCCAAAGUAUUCACGUUCACUGCUGCCUUCGAGUACUUCUGGAAGAACACUGGACCUUUAUCAUUUCCUCCUCUGUCGGGAGUGGAGUACCAGAACAGUUCAGCAGUGAUGCUGUUUUCAAUGGGCACAGCUAGCGAAAGAUUACUGAGAGAUCUAUCUAAUUACAAGCCUCAAGUAUUUCGCGACACCUUCCCAUUCUACAACAACACGAACAAGGAAGGGUUCAUGUUCCUGUCGACCUGCGUGCAGCCCAGGAGUAGAGGCACCGUCACUCUCGCUGACUCCACCACCUCCAUGCCCCCUGUGGUAGACCCUAACUACUUGGAGCAGUACUUCGAUGUCAAGUGUAUGGUUAAAGCAAUACGAAGAGCAGAGGAAUUAGUGUCUACUAAACCAUUUCAAGAAAUCGGAGCACGGAUACACUGGCCUCGACCUGAACGAUGUUUGUCCUUGUGGAGGACCCGUAUUGAGAAGGAGGAAAAAGUCGAAGACUACAAAGAGGACCCUAAAAAACAAUCACAAGUAAAAGAACAGAAGCCCAAACCGAAGCCUGUACCGAGUCCUCCAGACGCCUACUUGGAGUGCAUCAUCAGAGAGGUGGCGGUGACUGGACAUCAUGCUGGAGGAACAUGUGCUGGUGGAAGAGUCGUGGAUGAGGAGUUACGAGUAAAAUCAAUAUCAGGUCUACGAGUAAUGGAUGCAAGUGUUCUACCGUCGCCAAUCUCCUUGUACCCAAACUCCGUGAUUGUGGCUAUGGCUGAGCGAGCCGCUGAUCUUAUACGGUAUGGUGGUAACAAAUAAAUGCUUUACAAAUCAUA